ACAGGCCGCGGCGGCUGGCUCGGCCCUACGGUCCCGGCGGCUGCAGGAGGAAGCCCGGCGGCUGCGGAGGAGGGGAGGCGGAGAGGCCGAGGCCGCUCGCGAAGACGCUCCCCGGCUCCGCAGGGAAAGGCUCCUAGAAGGCGAGUACGGACGGUAUGCAAAGUUGUGAAUCCAGUGGCGACAGUGCGGAUGACCCUCUCAGUUGUGGCUUACGGAGAAGGGGACAGCCUCGUGUAGUGGUGAUCGGCGCUGGCCUGGCUGGUCUAGCUGCAGCUAGAGCACUUCUGGAGCAGGGCUUCACGGAUGUCACCGUGCUUGAGGCUUCCAGCCACAUCGGGGGCCGUGUGCAGAGCGUGAGACUUGGACACGCCACCUUUGAGCUGGGAGCCACCUGGAUCCAUGGGUCCCAUGGGAAUCCUGUCUAUCAACUAGCAGAAGCCAAUGGCCUUUUGGAAGAGACAACAGAUGGGGAGCGCAGUGUGGGCCGCAUCAGCCAUUAUUCCAAGAAUGGCGUGGCCUGCUACCUCACCAACCGCGGCCGCCGGAUCCCCAAGGAUGUGGUUGAGGAAUUCAGCGAUUUAUACAACGAGGUCUAUAACUUGACCCAGGAGUUCUUCCGGCAUGGUAAACCAGUCAAUGCUGAGAGUCAGAACAGCGUCGGGGUGUUCACCCGGGAGAAGGUGCGCAAUCGCAUCAGGGAUGACCCUGAUGACACAGAGGCCACCAAGCGCCUGAAGCUCGCCAUGAUCCAGCAGUACCUGAAGGUGGAGAGCUGUGAGAGCAGUUCUCACAGCAUAGAUGAGGUGUCCCUGAGCGCCUUUGGAGAGUGGACGGAGAUCCCUGGCGCCCAUCACAUCAUCCCCUCUGGCUUCAUGAGAGUUGUGGAGCUACUAGCUGAGGGCAUUCCCCCGCAUGUCAUCCAGCUGGGGAAACCCGUCCGUUGCAUCCACUGGGACCAGGCCUCAGCUCGCCCCAGAGGCCCUGAGAUCGAGCCCUGUGGUGAGGGUGACCACAAUCACGACACUGGGGAGGGUGGCCAGAGUGGAGAGAGUCCCCAGCAGGGGAGGUGGGACAAGGAUGAGCAGUGGCCGGUAGUCGUGGAGUGCGAGGAUUGUGAGGUGAUCCCAGCAGACCAUGUGAUUGUGACCGUUUCGUUGGGCGUCCUCAAGAGGCAGUACAGCAGUUUCUUUAGGCCAUGCCUGCCCACGGAGAAGGUGGCUGCCAUUCACUGCCUGGGCAUCGGUACCACCGACAAGAUCUUCCUUGAAUUCGAGGAACCCUUUUGGGGCCCUGAGUGCAACAGCCUACAGUUCGUGUGGGAGGAUGAAGCCGAGAGCUGCACCCUCACCUACCCACCUGAGCUCUGGUACCGGAAGAUCUGUGGCUUUGACGUUCUUUACCCGCCAGAACGCUAUGGCCACGUGCUGAGUGGCUGGAUCUGUGGGGAGGAGGCUCUUGUCAUGGAGAGGUGCGAUGAUGAGGCCGUGGCUGAGAUCUGCACAGAGAUGCUUCGGCAGUUCACAGGGAACCCCAAUAUACCAAAACCUAGGCGAAUCCUGCGCUCAGCCUGGGGGAGCAACCCAUACUUCCGGGGUUCCUAUUCAUACACACAGGUGGGCUCGAGUGGGGCAGAUGUGGAGAAGCUGGCCAAGCCCCUGCCCUAUACAGAGAGCUCCAAAACAGCGCAUGGAAGCUCCACAAAGCAGCAGCCUGCUCAACUUUUAUCAUCCAAGUGCCCAGAACAGUCCCUGGACCCUAGUAGGGGCUCCAUAAAGCCCAUGCAGGUGCUGUUCUCCGGUGAGGCCACACACCGCAAGUACUACUCCACCACCCAUGGUGCUCUGCUCUCUGGCCAACGUGAGGCCGCCCGUCUCAUCGAGAUGUACCGAGACCUCUUCCAGCAGGGGCCCUGAGGGUGUCCUCACUGCCAAAUGUGUUCCUUAAAGAACCACUAACUCGUGAUUGCUGGUCCUGUCCUUUGCCCAUGUACUCUUAUUUCCUAAUUGUCUGUAGAAUGGAAUCUAACCUUCUGUAGUGGACACUGGGCUGGCCUUUCUUUUUCUCCAGGCUGGGUAAUGACCAGGUGGGAGUCUGCUUCCUGCUUCCCUCCUUUCUCUAUGUUAUUGCAAGUGCCUUCAAUACUUUGCAUUUUGGGAUAAUAAAAGAAUCCCAUGCUCCUUAGCUUCUGUCCUCAGUUUAUAGCCUCUGUGUGUGUUUGUUUAAUCACAUUUCUGACUAGGGGUCGGUACAAGGAGCUGUGGCUAUGCUCCUAAAAGGGAA